AUGAGUCAUCUUGAUAAUGCAGCAGAGUCUGAGGCUGUGGGCCUGUCUCUGACUGGAGCAGCUCAGAUGAAGUUCAGUGCAGAGUUGAGGAGGCUAAUCCUGCCCCAUAAUUCCCUGCUGCAGAGCGCCCCCCUCGCUCCUCCGCUCCACAGCACCACUCCCUUCUUGUGCGUGCUCCGGCUGGAUCUGGCUCUUUCUCUGCUGCUCAUAGUGCACUCUCAGUUUGGUUCAUCUGCAUCUGCCCUGGAACCACACGCCUCUAGCCCCACCCACCCUUCAUGCAUCUGGAACAAGAGCUGUGCCGCUGACAACGUGAGGGACACUUCCACACAGAACUUUAGUGCCAUCCACCCGUGCUGCAACAAGACUAUUGUAAUGGAGCAGAUCAAAGUGGGUCAGACGCAGAAGUGCGAGCUGAAAGUGGAGCACAAGUCUGACUGA